UACAUUUAUUUAUUUAUAUUUAUUCCACCCGAACAUUGGCUGUGUUGGCUUAAAGUGUCUGAUGAAUCGCCAGGGUCCACAUUAUUCAAAAUAAAUAAAUGCAGGUAGGCAAACCAAGCUGGAACAUACACUUCAUCAGCUGAUGCACCACUCUUCAUAGAAUUUUGAAUCUUCUUUCUUUCGCGCAUAAACUGUAAGCGAAUGCUGUGCAUUUUCGCUUCGAUGAUGUUUCGUGGUGUUCCCAUUUCUUUCGCGAAGCUGUUUUUUUAUUCCGAUUUUUAUAAUCAGCAUGUUGCCAGUUCCAUAGACAUUGAUUUCCAUGGUAUAAUUCAAUCAAUUUUAAAACACGAUCGUUCGACCACUGUACAUUCAUUGCUGGUCCUGCGACACGUCCACACUGCACGCAAGCUAUUGCAACACUCGAGACGUCCUUUGAUGUUCCUUCGUGUUGCCGCCUCUCAACCGAUAACCGGGCACAUGUAUCGGCACAUGAUAUUUGUUGCGGAACACACUGCGACUUGUCGAGGCACAUCAAGCAACUUUGUGCCCUAUUGCGUAUAGGCCUUAAGGCUUCUCAGAGCAUGUUUAAGGGAAUUCGAUGAUGGAAUUUGUCACCGUUGUGAACUGUCUAGUAACUUACAUAAAUGUUCAAGAAGCAUACUUAUGUGGAGUGUUAUACAGGAUUGCUUGUGGUUUUGGUGAAGUGUACAUUUGUUUUAAUGACCCUGUAUUUGGCUUCAAUUUUAUUAAUUUACUACAUGGUUUAAAUACAUUGGUAAUGACUGUCCAUUUAAGAUUUACAUAUAGCAAUUCCACUUCCUUAGUUUGAUAAUUAUUGCAACAGUAUUUUUUUAUUUAUGGCAUUCAGUUUUCACCCACCUGUUCACAGUGGUCACUUUUAUGAUGUAUUAAUACAUUCAUAUUCAUGGAAAAUUGUAUUAGUAAUAUUCAUACUUUAUAUGGUGACAUUCAGAAACUAUGAAAUCACUACAUCUCUGUUAGGGAAAGGCAGAUACCACUUUCCUGGAGGACAAUAAUCAGAGAAGUUUGUUAUUCAUUUUGAUAAUUCAAAUUAAUUGUAUAUGCACUUGUUUACAACUAAGUUGAGUAUGUGUGUUACAGUCUGCAUUAUAUUUGUUCAAACUUGGUACUGAGACUCAUUAAAAUCACAGAUAAUCAGGGCUUGUUUAAUAAAAACGUGUUUGCUGGUACUGUAAUGUUUUUAAAAUUUAAACCCAUUUUGGUGAUACAAUUAAAUUCAUUUACAAGAUUCAUGCUCACAUUUGCUUGGUAGAGACUGGUAUGCUGUUUACUGUGUUCAUAGGAGGCAGCAGAGAUUCAAGAGUUUUCUCAAUUUAAUAGCUUCAGUAUCCUCAUAAGAAUUGCCUUUCUGCCAAUUAAAAUCAUUUACAUUAAUUGUGUAUAUGAGUCUCUCCAUACAUUAAAUUUUUGUAAAAUUGGAUGUGAUGCUGUUUUGUGCUUUCACAAAACUUGACAGGGUCGAGACAGUAGUUAAUGAUCUCUUUUUAAUGGUAUUUUUUCUUCAAUAAAGGUACUCCUGAAUUUCAAGUUUUUAUAUCCUUCACAAUAGUGGAGUAAGUAUUAUUGCAAGAAUGUAUAAAAUCAACGCAAUAUUAAUGUUUAGUAGUUAAAGUAACUUCCUGAUUUCAGGUUUCUUGAUUCUAAUAUUUUCCCGCAUUUAGCAUUCAUUUCUUAUGAUCCCAGGCACAGCUCCAUUUAAUGUGAAAUACAUUGAUGGCUGUCUUCUGGGUUGUAGUACUGUGUAGUCUGGCAGAAGUUCACCAAUGUUUCAUCAUCAGGGUGAUGAGUUCACUAUGAUGAUGGAGGCAGCAGGGAACUCUGAACUGUUGGUGAACUUCUUCCAGACUACACAGUGCUACAACCCAGAAGACAGCUGCCUUCAGACUCACCACUGGAAACCUCAAACCCAGCUAUGUAAUACAUUGUUUUCCCCGGUUUAGUGUUUCUCGAUUAAAGUAUUACCCCAAUUUGUAAUCAAAGGAGUCGUCAUUGUUUCAUUUUGAUACAACUCCCAUUUAAGCUUUUUUGAUUUAAGGUACAAAAUGGUUGUUCCCUAGGUAAACCUUAAAUGGGGGUUUUGUUGUUACUGUCUCUUCUAACUUUCACACAGUUCACUGAGGAUUUACCUCUAGUGUGUAAAAUAAAAGCAUAACUUUAAGCAAAUCAUCUACUAGUUGUAUGGACACAAUUUAAUAUUCGCUUAUGUGGUCCAAACCCCUGAUUUGCAGGAAACUGAACCCAAACUUCGUUGGCCUUCUAAGAACAGCUUAAAAUGUACAUGACUUGAAACAUGGAUGUUUUAAAAAAAGAUAAGCAGCUGUUGCUUGAAAUAUUUUGUAUGUUGAAUACUUAACAAAAUACAAAGAAAAUGUUGGUGACAAUUUUGUUUUGCUAUCUAUAUAACUGUUUGCUCUAUUGUAAUAGUUUUGUAUCUGCAAUAAUGAUGACCAUCAAGGCCAGUGAAAUUGAAAGUUGCAAGGAAUGUAUUUUGACAAUAUGUGUACUCUAAAAUGGAGCAAUUGAAAAGUGCUGUAUUAGCUGAUCGCCGAAAAGUGGGGCCCUACUGUAUACCACAUACAUAUCAGACAAUGGAUAAUGUCUGACAUAAUAUUGGUAUAAUGAAUGAACCAUUGUUAUGGAUCAGCCUGUGCCUUACUGGUUAAUUACUCUUGGUUAGCAGUUGCCCACAUUUUGAGACGAUACCUUCCGUGUAUGACUGAAGCUUUCACGGCAACUAAGAAUAAUGAAUUCUUCUUGGGCUUCCAACAGUGUAAGGUUUUUUCUCCAUUAAACCAACUUACAAGGCUGGUAGUCUGAGAAGAAUUCAUUAAACUUUCCUUAUUAAUUUUUAUGUACACUGACUUGUACAUUUUUCUUCAAAGCUGUUCUGCAAUUCUAGCAAAAUGAUAUAGAAAAACUAUGGGAAUCAAUUUAGGCUGUAGCUCAGCUUUCCUUGUGAUCAAAAAUUGUUAUAAUGUGGAAAGGUUGAGAAUUUCUUUUCUUUGAAAAUGUGGUAGGAGUGAUGAAGUACCUACUGAAAAAACAAUUUUCUUAAUGUCUGUGUAUAAGCCAGCAGCUGAAAAAUAUACAUUUUAGUUGUACAGAACAAAUUAUAAGUAGUCGCUUCUUAAAGAAACCUGGAAGAAUUUUAACAAAAGGUGAGUUAUUUAUUAGAGGAACAUCUGAAUGAUAAUUUUUGAAGUAGGAAGAAUUUAUGUAGUUUGUAUUAACUAUAUGGAACAUGGUCCAUGAAAAGCUGAUAGUCAUUCAGCCAGUGUGAAAAUUACCUACCUUUUAUGAAAUAUGAAAGUUCAUUAUGUGUUCACACAAUCCCGCCACUGGACCGUUCAGAGCCAGUUAAAUUCAGUCCACACUCUCACAUCCUAUAUCAUUAAGAUAAUUUUUAAUAUUAUUACUAAGUCUCUUGGAGUCUUCUGAUCAGAACUGAGUAUUACUACCAAUGAGUUUUCACUCUAUGCCCUACCUCAUCCCUGUUUUAUUUAUUGUACUGUAGGCAUUGUACAAAUAUGACUUAACACACUCUGCUUAACUUUGUAUGUAUUGUAACAAUUUACUUCCCACCUCUUUUUAUGUUGAGUGUUGUUGUAUUCUCUCUUUGAUGUAGAUUUUAAGCAUGACUGAAUAAGAUCUAUGCUCGCAGAAGUAUAAGUUGACUAAUUCUGAACUUAUCAAAGUCGGAACUGUAAUAUGGCAGUUCUUGUAGUAUAAAAAUAAAUAGAAUGCUAUAAGACUAACAUUAUCUUGCAUUCAAAUGUAAUAAUGAACAUCACUGUUUCAUAGAUCAUUAAUAAUAGAAAUUGGUCCAAAGAUCAUUUUUUGGUGGAAAGGUAUUAUACUUUAAUGUAGAUGAAGUCAUGAACAUUUCCUUAUUUACCAUUUAUGCUGUGUUAAAAUAUCAACAGAAUUGGCACAAUUUGGGUAAUUCAGUUAACUAUAGGGUAUACACACACACAUUACAAUGGUAAUGAUUUUGUUUUUAAGACUGCUUGAAUUCACAUUUCCAAGAACCAAAUAUUGUAAGCUUGGUGUAAUUAAAGUUUGUCCAUGUAUGCCUUCUGUUAAUUUUCAGUGGUUCGGAAACUACAUAACUCAAUUCCACUGACAAAUGUUCUUUUUUCUGUUAAUGUUUGAAGUAUGGAAGUUAAGAUUUAUCUUCUCUGUCAGGUGUGUUAAGAAUUUCACUGAUAUUGUCAGUAUUAUUAUUAUUUAUUUUGUGUAGAACUGCUUUUCAAUGUAUUUUGUAGAGUGAGUUUGAAACAGGCUCUCUCCAGACUUCGUGAGGCAUUGCUUGUAGGAAGAUGGCUGGUAGAAGUUCAUCAGUAUUUCAGAGGUUCUUGCUACCAGCCAUGUCUGUUGCGUACUUAAUCACACUGUUACAACAAUUACCUUGGAUCACAUUGUUGCAUGGUUGCACCUUUGACAUCACUUGUGAGGUGGCAUAAAGAAAACUUUUGGAAUUUUAGUGUGCUCCAAAGAGAGCACCCUUCCAAACCAGUUUUUUCAGCAAAUAUGGUGUGCCAAUUUAUCCAUCAUGCAUCCACAUGGACUGCUCUGGAUGGAAACCCAGGCUUCUAUUGUGAGACGACAACAACUUACAAACCGAUCUAUGACAGCCGAAUGUUUAUAUAGGUCUUUUGAACAAUGGCCAGUCCUAGCCGAGAGAGAAGAGAUAAUCAUAGUCCUGAGGAACAGCCUGAUAGUCACUCUGAUCAUGGAAUGGCCACUUCCAGGAAUGGAGGAAGUGAAUACAGUUUAACAAGUCUUGCAGGCCAUGAUGAAUGUUUCUGUUCACUACAUCAUGCUGAGACCAGUCUUAACAGAAUGGAAGCAUAUUUGGUCAAUAAUCAACUUACAGACGUUACUUUAAUUGCAGGUUCUCGUCAUAUUCCUGCACAUCGUCUUGUCCUAAGUGCUGGUUCAGAAUAUUUUGCUGCUAUGUUCACAAGCGAUCUUCGUGAAGCAACACAAAGUGAGGUGGUUCUCCAAGAUGUGGAUGGGGAUGCACUUUGGAUGCUUGUCCAUUAUUGUUAUACUGGUCGCAUUGAGCUGCGAGAGGAUACAGUGGAAACUCUCUUGAGUACUGCCUGCCUUCUUCAGCUCACUGCAGUUGUGGAUGCGUGUUGUUCAUUCCUUAUGAAGCAACUCCAUCCUUCAAAUUGUAUUGGUAUACGGCUUUUUGCUGACACUCAAGGCUGUAUGGAUCUGCUCAAAGUUGCACAUAAUUUUACAACUGAACAUUUUAUGGAGGUUAUUCCAAACCAAGAGUUCCUCAUGUUACCAGCAGAUGAAGUUGCCAAGCUUUUGGCAUCUGAUGAUCUCAAUGUGCCUUCAGAAGAGGAAAUAUUUCAUGCUUUAAUGGUGUGGGUGAAAAGUGAUGUUGCUUCUAGAAAAAAGGAUGUUAGCCGACUGCUCAGUCUAGUCAAGCUUCCUCUUCUUAUGCCGUCGUUUAUUGCUGAUUACAUAGAAACAAACCCUCUAUUUCGAGAGGACCGUGUUUGUCAAGACCUUAUUAUGGAAGCCUUGAAGUAUCAUUUGCUCCCUGAACGCCGUCCAAUGCUCCAGUCACCUCGCACUCGUCCAAGGAAGUCCACAGUGGGGGACUUAUAUGCUGUUGGGGGAAUGGAUGCAAACAAAGGUGCAACGAGUAUUGAGAAGUAUGACCUAAGAGCUAAUACAUGGAAUCAUGUGGCCAGCAUGAGUGGACGUCGUUUACAGUUUGGCGUAGCCGUGGUUGAUGGACGCCUCUAUGUUGUAGGAGGACGGGAUGGUCUUAAAACUCUCAAUACUGUGGAAUGCUAUGAUAUCAAAAGCAAGACAUGGACCACUCUUCCACCAAUGUCUACACACAGACAUGGUCUAGGUGUUGGUAUAUUAGAAGGCCCUCUGUAUGCUGUAGGUGGCCAUGAUGGUUGGAGUUAUUUAAACACUGUUGAACGUUGGGAUCCCCAGGCUCGACAGUGGAGCUACGUAGCACCCAUGUCUACUCAGCGAUCAACUGUAGGUGUAGCUGUACUCAAUACCAAGUUGUAUGCAGUAGGUGGACGUGAUGGUAGUUCAUGUCUUAGAACUGUGGAGUGUUAUGAUCCUCACACAAACAAAUGGCUAUCGUGUGCACCGAUGGCUAGUCGGAGAGGUGGUGUAGGUGUUGGAGUGGUCAAUGGUUAUUUGUAUGCAUUAGGAGGCCAUGAUGCAUCAGCUUCAAAUCCUUCAGCACCACGUUUUGACACUGUUGAAAGAUAUGAUCCAAAGACAGACACAUGGACACAAGUUGCCUCUAUGAGUAUAGGAAGGGAUGCCAUUGGUGUAUGCCUGCUUGGGGAUCGCUUGAUUGCUGUCGGAGGUUAUGAUGGUCAACACUAUCUAAAAUUGGUUGAAGCAUAUGACACUCAAAACAAUGAAUGGCAACAAGUUGCUCCACUUAAUACUGGAAGAGCUGGAGCAUGUAUUGUUGUCAUCAAGAAUCCACUGCCUUGAUCUCAGUUCAAGAUGAGUGAUGCAGACAUAGUAGGUUUUAAACUCACAUUACUGUAUGCUCAUACUAUAUCAAGAUAACUAAAAAGUUACUGUGUUUUAUACCCUUCUUCCAUUGGGAACAUAAGUUUGAUUAGCAGGAUCUUUAUUGCUUGUUUUAUUUGAAAUAUUAUUAAAUACUGAUAGCAUACACACAGAUAGUGUGUAUAUUAACUCUAUCGUCUUCUUUAAAAAAUGCUAUCUUGCAACACGCCAUAUAGGCACUUGGGGCAGAGAGGAGGUAUAGCUUCUAUUCAUUCUUAACCCUGGCACUAGAUAAGGGGGAGUGGUCAGCAUCUACAGUAUUUAAUUCUGCUUAUUGAAGGUUAUGUAAAUCUGAUGUGCACUGAUUGUGUCAUGUCAACCAUCUUUUGGAUUUUUUAAAUUGGUUGGUUCAUUACCAAAUUACAUGUAAAUGUUUAGUACAGUCAAAAUUUGUAACCAUUCUAGUGGUUUCCAAACUCUUUGUGAAAAUAAGUGAAGGACUGCGGUUCUUUUGAAUAUUAUUUAAUAGUGAAACCAUCUACAUUUAGUACUAAACUGUUGCAUAUGAUUACACAUUUAUUCUUUCAUUUUUAGACAAACAGCCGUGAAUAAGCAGAUUUUGCAUAAAUUCAUGCACCAUUAUUCAGGCAGCUACUCUUCUCUGUAAUUUAAGAUACCAAGCACAGUAUUACUUUCAGUACCAUAUUUUGAAACAUUCCAUUAAGUAGGACAACAGUUGCCUGAACAAGCAAACAUGAACUGAUGUCAAAUUAUGAUCUUUGUUAAAAUACUUUUGCUUAUAUGUACACAUAGUGAAGCCUGUAAUUAUCAUCGUGCUGUAUACUGACUUUUGGUGGCUUGGAGAGCUCUUUCCAAUGGUACUAUUAAUUAUCAUCUUGCUACUAAACUAAAAGAGAUAUGUGAAAAUGGUUACAGUUAAACGUUUUAUGUAAAUAAGUAAUUCUUAAUUUAAUUUUCAGAGAAAUUGUACUUCAAAGGUAUGAUGAUACUGUUCAAAUCUUUAAUCAAAUGUUUAAGAACAGUUUUUAAAUUUGAUAUAUACUUUAAUUGUCAGGACUUUUUCCAUUAUCUUUUCUUUAAAUGCCCAUGACGUUUCGGAGGCUCGUUCUGUCUCCAUCUUCAGGCAAGAGGUACCUACUCUUUUGGGUCCUUUAGAUGGAGCUAGUCUCUAUCAUUGGUUUUUAAAAAAAAACAAUGGUAAAGUCCUGACAAUGAAUAAUUUUAAGUGUAAACUACCGUCAUCAGAACCCUUUAGAAUUGAAUUGAUAUAUGUAUACUCUUGGUAAGCACAUUGAUCAUAAAAUAGCAUUGUCUGCACAAGAUAUUAAGGAAAUAAAGCAAUAUGCAUGCCCAAAGAAUAUUGAUAAUGUUUCAGAGGACAUAGUGCCUCUAGUGUCAGGGCUGCAGUGAGGAUUAUCAGGAAUUAGUUGAUGUAUAUGGAGACAGGAGAUGGAUAAACUUAUGGGAAUUGGCAACUCAGAGCCAUGGGAUGAGAUGGAGAGAUGUAGCCAUGUCGAAGCCAGUAGUGUAUGGCCACUUUUUCCUGUUGGCCUGGAUGUGGCUUUAUCUCCCUUCCUCAUCCCACCAAAAAGCAGGUAAGCAUUAAUAAUGAAUUGCUAUGAAAGCUUAAAAUUAAUUAAUGUACUUGCACUGUUGAUGGUUUAAAUAUGGUGGGUUUCAAAUAACUUUCAUUUUUCUGUAUUUUGCAUAAUGGUUGAUGAAUGUGUAUGGAUAUCCAUGUGUAAGUAUGGUAAUUAAUGAUGCAAUAACAUUAUAAAUGUGUUUUUUUUUCAUUUUCAUUCUCCAGCUAAUUUUAGAUCUAUGUUGUUGAAAUACAGUGUUAACAUGACUAUUUAUAUUGCAUUUUGUAUAUUAUAGUGCUGUACUCGAUCAAUAAUGUUUUUGUAAACAUUUUUAUAAUAUAUCCUGUAGGUGUUAAAAGUUCACUAAACAUUAAAUAUUUUUCCAUCUGGAAAUGAGAAAGUUAAAAAAACAAUAAAAUAAAGAUAGGCAUAGAUUCAAAAUGGUGGAAAUGAUACAAACUUUUAUAUUUUUAUAUGUUAUUUGUUUCAGCAAAAGUAUAAAUGUUGGUUUCAAAGAAAACAUUAAUAAUCGAAAAGAGUGUCCCUUGUAUUGGUGUGGAGCUGAUACCUAUAUCAAGAUUAGAGAAACUGCCAUUAUGUGCUCAAAUACAAAGUAUUCUGUAAUUUUAAAUUUAUCUAAUAAUAUGUAUACGCACCCCAAUUAAUGUUCAAAUUUAAAGACACAAUUCAGUAUAUAUUCUGAAUUAUGUUUACUUCCAGAAAUUUUAGCCUUCUAAUAUACAGUAUAUGUCUGCUUAUAGAAUAAUAGAAUAGAUAACACUUAUAUAUAUGUAGACAUUCCGACAUCAGACAUUCACAUGUGAAACUACUAUUGUUUAUACUUUGCUUUAUCAUGUAACAUACAAUAUACACUAUAUUGUGGUUAGCAUGUGAUUAACUGUAGUGUCUCACUUAUAAAGGCACACUACAUGACUAUACAAUCUUAUUUAAAUGCCAAAAAGGAUAAUACUAUCUGGAAAAGCUCACUAAGUCAGACUCGUAUAGUAGCUUUCUGACUUUUCAUUUUGCCUAUGAAUCAGGCUUGUUAUGAACUUCAUAUUGUCUUUAGACAGUAACAGUAGGAAUGUACCAUUCUUGAAAGCACUUGAUAUAUUGAACUACUUAUCUUAGUAGACUGCUGAAUGCAUUUUGAUUCAGUAAAAACAUCUCAUUUAUGAUGUUAUAUUUGUUUUAAUGUGUGCAAACUGUAAUAUUUUAUAUCCGCCUUAAGAAAUAAAGAAAAAUUUAACUUGA